GCGUGUCAACAUGGCGCCCGUCUGCCGGACAAAAGGCGAAUGUGUCUGACGGCGGAUUGAAACCCAAUUAGAAACAGAGGGAGACAUUUUGGGAAAACUGUCAGUGUCCGUGUGUCGCGGCGCCCGGAGGCGGUAAGAUACAUGGAGGAAUAAACCGUCCGCAGGAGGCCCCCGGGGACUGGAAUAUUAAGGUAACUCGAGUCCUGCAAGCUCCGAACUAGUGCCGUCUUCGCACGGCUGCGCUCGCCCGACACAUUUCCUUGCUGAAAACUGAAAAGUCCAUAAGAGAAAAAAAAAAAAAAAAAAGAGAAAAAAAUUCGCCAGCGCUGCGGCGUUUGACUCGGCGGCUAAAAGGAGGUCGCACAAGUGAACCUGACCCCGUCGGUCUCGUCCGGUCAGCAACGAGUCCGUCCGUAAUUCGGCACGCACGCGCUUGACCGGGGGAAAAAAUAAAAAAAUAAAAAAAAUCAUUUAAUCAAACGCAAUGUCAACUUUUCCAGCUCGUGCACGACGCGCGCCGCCGACGCACGGCGUGUUCCCGUCGAGUGUGGCGGUCACGGGUGAACAGCGGAGGAACCGGGGGACAAACAUUGACACGUUUCAAUGAGCCGCUUUAUCAGAUGUGCGCCAAAUCGAGGGGUCGUCCGUCGUCGCCAUCAGAACGUCUUCAGGCCGCCCGCGUGUUCCUGGAAGAAGAUCAACACUCACUAUCGUACUUCUCCAAGAGGACCGUACCUCGACAUCAGGACCCGCCGCCGAGCAGCGACCGACAACACCAGCCAGCUGUUGUUUUUAGGCCUGUUUUGUUAUUAUCUGUUGUUGGGACUUCAGGACCCAAGGCCAGUCAAAAACAAAAAGUAGUAUUCUCUUAUUAGAUAACUUCCAGCGUGCUCAGCUGGCUCCAGGGUGCCACGUCUGGUUGGGAUGUGAGACAGGAUGUUCCAGCAGUGUGAGGAGCCUCGUUUCACCAUCGAGCAGAUUGACCUCCUCCAGAGGCUAAGGAGGACGGGGAUCACCCAGGCGGAGGUCCUCCACGCCCUGGACACCCUGGAACACCUGGACCGGCAACAUGGACACAAGUUGACCCACAAGCCUUCAUACAUGCCUCCCUCAUCUUCCCUGUCUUCUUCCAGCACCGCCGCCGCCACCUCCUCCAUGACCUCCGCUGCCACUCAGACAAGUUUCCCGGACAACCAACUCUCAAUGUCACCCAACAAUAACUUUGACGCCGCCUCUCUCCCACUACCGGUUCCGGUCUCCUCACCCUCCGUCGUCAUGACGGCGGUGGCUCAGAAUGGCCUGGUUGCUGUCAGCAAUGGCAGGCUGUCACCACCGCGGUUUCCCCUUGGCGUGGUCAGCGGCAACGUGACGGCACCGGGCUACGGGUUCGAGGCCAGUGAGGAGGACAUAGAUGUUGAUGAAAAGGUGGAGGACUUGAUGAGACGGGACAGCGCUUUGAUCAAAGAGGAGAUUAAGUCCUUCCUGGGGAACCGGCGGAUUUCCCAGGCUGUGGUCGCUCAGGUAACGGGGAUCAGCCAGAGUCGGAUCUCCCACUGGCUCUUGCAGCAGGGGUCGGACCUCAGCGAGCAGAAGAAACGGGCCUUCUUCCGCUGGUACCAGCUGGAGAAGACCAACCCAGGCGCCACUCUGGCCAUGCGGGCUGCCCCGCUGGCUCUGGAGGAUAUGAUGGAGUGGCAACAAGCUCCGCCCCCCUUUGGCACUGCCCCAGGGGGCUUCCGUCUGCGGCGAGGGAGCAGAUUCACCUGGAGGAAGGAGUGUCUGGCUGUUAUGGAGAGCUACUUCAGUGAUAAUCAGUACCCCGAUGAGGCGAAGAGAGAGGAGAUUGCCACCGCCUGCAACGGUGUUAUCCAUAAACCAGGAAAGAAGCUGUCUGAUUUGGAGAGGGUCACAUCUCUGAAGGUCUACAACUGGUUUGCCAACCGACGCAAAGACAUCAAGAGGCGCGCUAACAUUGAAGCAGCCAUCUUGGAGAGUCACGGCAUCGAGGUCCAGAGUCCGGGGGGUCAGUCCAACAGCGACGAGGUGGACGGCAACGACUUCCCCGACCAGGCCUGUGAGGUUUCCCUAUUUGACAAGAGAGCUUCAGCCAGGCAGUACGGAUUCAGUCGAGCUGACCUCUCCUCUCCAACCCAGGUUCCCACGCUGCUCCCCAGCUGGUUCUCCGCUCUGGGUAGAGGACAGAGGGGCACCUCUCUGAUCGGCCGCUCUUUAGUGACCGGAGCGGGUCCUCAGGCGGAAGGUUCCAGACUGACAGGCGUGUCCUGGUCUCCGCCGUCCCCAUCCCUCCAGGACGAACCCACAGUUCACAGCGUGCUAUCCGAGGCCCAGGACGCCAUCGGGUUGGCGAAGGCGGCUGCCAAUCAGGUGGACGGGGCCGGGUGCGGUAUUGGGAAUGACAUCAAGACGGAAACGCUGGAGGAGGACUGAAGAAGGGGGGGGGUUGUUGUCGGAGUCAUGAAGAGAACAGGUGUGUUAAUAUGCAAGCUGAUUUUAUAGGAAUGUAAUAAGUGGGGGGGGGAGACCAAAAGUCGCGUAAACGCCAACCCUGAGAUACCUCCCAACCCUACCUCCAACCAUCAACCUGCUCUGCUCUGCUCUUAUAGGCAUUACCCGUGUAUUAUAACAGUGAUUAUGACAAUGAUAAAACCAUUCUUUGCGCAAGGCUCACCAGCAGACUGUGGAAUAUUUGAAAUGCCCCAUAAUAAUAACAAAAAACAUCAAACAAAAAAAGGAAAAGAAAUGAAUAUUAUUAUAAUUACGACACAGUAAAUGCAUAGCUUAUGUAAAAAGAAAUCUAUAGAGUAACUUGUCGUGUUUUUCCACACCUUUUUUGGAUCAGUAUUUUUACGAGGGCAUUUUAAAAUCUUCCACAGCAGACUGAGCGACGGGACUUGACGCGCACUCGCAGACCUCCUCGAAAAAACUGCAACGUCGCAGCAGGACGACACUGUAUCUGACACAGGAUUCAAAUCAUUUCAGGGUCUUGCACUGUGAUCACAACACAACGGAACAGCCUCAAAUAAGAAAACGUGUGAAUUUGAGAGUCAAAUUCAUUUUAACUGAUUCUUUAAAAAAAGGAAAAAAGAUGUAGCGCACGUCAUCACGGUUGAUCAUAUUUCACUUUUAUCGCUGUUGAUUCCUUCCAGUGAGAGAAACAGCAGAAUAAGCUCGUUUUUUUAUUUUUGUUUAUUUUUAUUUUUUUAAGACAUGGUCACAUUACAUCAGUAAGUCUUUUGAUGGCUAAAAAAAAAAUGUGUAAAAUAGAAAUAGAAUGACCUAUUCCUCUAUCCCACGGCCCUAUAAAAAAAUGAGCUUGAAACAUGGAAGCAGAGAACGGGCCACAAUAAUUAGAAUUUUACAAAUACCUCAUCAGUGAAAUUUAAAAGCCAUCAACUUUUGCAAUUUCAUAACUGUAGUUAUAUUUUGAUAGUCACAAAAAUGGAUAAAAAAAAUCAACUGUACAGGGUUUUAAUUGAUCCACACGAGUCAUCUGAACUUAUCUUCCUCGGAUCAUCCGACUUAACACAACGUAUCGAAAUAAUGCUAUGUAUGCUAUAAAUUUGGAGGUAUUUUAAAUUUCAACAUUAAGUAUUCAGUAAAAAAAGUAUAAUUUCACAUUAAGGUUUCUAAAAAGCUUCAUAUCUUUAUGGCCCAUUUGCUUCCAUGUCAAUAACAGGUAAAUUAAGAAAAGUUACUCAACACAUAAAUUGUUCGUCAUCAUUCGUUUGUGCCCGGUCACCUGGACGGAUGAUCACUGUGACAUCAUCUAUAAUCAAUACCAGUCAGACGGAGGAACGUGAUCAAACUGUUCAGAUAUCACAGAUUAAUCUACUCCAUGCGUAUGUAUGUAUUCAUACAUUCACACACACACAUGCGUAUAUACAGUGUAUAUUAUAAACUGUGAGGGUAUGUGUACAUGUGCCCUAAUCCAUUUCUAUUUACGGUAUAUAAACAUAUUAGCUUCAAAGGAGAGAAACUUAUCAAUACAGAGUCUUUGUGGUUGGUGAAAGGUGAGUAAAGCAUUAGCCAAAGUAUUAAGUUUGAACUUUUAUGUAUUUUUCCGAGUGUACGAUAGUCACGGAUGGAACUGUGUAUUAGAGAUGAUAUGCUAAUCAGUGACGCAUCAGAUGUGUCACGUUAUCGCAAGUUAAAUGCUAAAUCAAUUGUCCUCUCGGGGUAUAUCUGCGCUUGUGCUCGAUAUGCCGUGUGUUCUAAACACAUGAUCAUGUUAGAAUUCAGUUUUUUAUUUGAAAUGACACUUUAUUUGGAUCCACGUCAUGGUGCUCAUGAGUUGCUGCUGCUCAAAUGUUUCGUUGAUCGGUGAGCGACGGACCGCAGAGUGAGGAACGAAGAGGGAGAAAAACACUUAUUUGUUUUCCUCCAAGAGUGUAAUAGUUGACGAGUCGGAUUCUCCUGAAACGGCCGCAACGGGAAGUCGUCUCUACCCUGAAACAUAAAUGUCUGAUCACUCUGGUCACGUCAAGAUAUAUUUAUCCCAGUACAGCCGUCGUAGAAGUCCCAUCUGUCUUCUGCAUUUUAUUACAUCUCCACAAGGAAUAUUAAUAUUCACGCUUCCAGCCCUUUGGACAAAAAAAUGGUUUGAUGAGAAAACACAAAUUAUGUCUAAAAAAAACCCAUUGCUAUCUUAUUGUACACCCCACAAUAAUAUGCAGUAAACUUAUCUCACCUAAACCCUUUUUUCGUGUGGGCGAGGCUUCAGAUGCAUAAUUCAUCCAACCGUUAGCUAUACUGCGUACACUUUAACACAAACAUGCGAACCAAAACAAUUAGCUGAAAGAGGCUGAGGGUCACUCCAGAGCCGGGUGGUCAUUUUCCACUUCCAGCGACAUCACACACACUCUCUUGUUCCUGUUACAGUAUUAAUUUAAUGCAGCAUCGCUACCCGAUGAUGUUCCAAUGAAAAUAUACUUAUAUACUAUAAAAUAUACUAAUUCUCAGCGUCGUUACAAGUCGAGUGGACGAUCACGACGAAACGAUGCUGCUGUUAGCGUAGUCAGCGGCUCACACCGGGCUGCGGUAUAACAGAAAUAAAUAUCUUCAGUACAUCGGCUUUGAUCCCACUUGAACCAUUUCCCCCGAUUAUGACAUUUAUUGUUCAGCGCAUGAAAUGUGCUGGAUGAUUUUUAAGUUGAAGUGCCUUAUUUUUGCGCAACAGAGGGCCUCUGCCACGGCUGUACACACACACACACACCACUAAUGCAGGAAAAGCUAAAAACGCAAACAGUGAAGUGCCGCUUCAUAGGCUCAGCUACUAGUACUGAGUUCAAAACUCGACACGUAUACCUCACACAUCUCCUCUUUAGCUACGGUAUAAGCUCCACCCACUGGUUCCUCCUCCUCCUCCUCUGCUGCUGCUGCAAUGUGAACCAAUGUUUAGACUGUUGGGAGUAAAGAGAAGUGUGGAGGCCGAAAAGAUGGCUCACGAACUGUCAGUGACCUUUUUUAAAAAGAAAAGGGAAAUUCCCUCUCAAAACUCGAGCCAAUCAAUAUAAAAAGUUGGAAAGUAAAGGGAAAUUCCACUCUUUUUUUUUUCUUUAUUUCCUCCUGAUCCUGGUGGAGCACAAACGCAUCUUCAGUGUUGGACUCAGACGAAACGUCUGAGAGAAAUGUUAAGUUUUGUGGCGGAAUGUCUCUUUAGUCGUGCGACAGCAGAGCUGUCUCCCGGGUGUCUUUGCUUUAAGCUUUUUUUUUUUUUUUACAAAACUCUUGAGGCAUCGUCGGUCAGCUUUGUCUUUUAUUUUUAAUUAUUUACACCAAAAUAUCAAAAUGUGCUAGCCCGCUGAGGGUGUUGUUUUUUUUUUAUCUGCCAAGCAGAAACCUUUUCUGAAAGUGAAUCUGUGGAUUCAUUUUAAACAAAGUGCUGUUCUGAGAUUAUUUUUAGGAUUUUAAAUCAAUUUAGUUGCUGCCUUCACGGUCCUACCGUGAAGUUGUACUUUGGAGUUCUGACGCAGGAAAUUGAUAGUAGUUUGUUAGUGUCAAUUUUUUAAGGCCAAAAAAAAAUCUGAAAGGAAAAAUGAAAUCCAAUUUUUAAAAAGAAAAUGAGCAAAAGACGCAUGUAAAGAGAUAAACCAAAAACGAAAGUGAAGAUGAAAAAAAAAAAGUCUUGCUCUCAGAUUUUCUUCUUCCCUUGUUUCUUGCACAUGAUCCCUUGGUGGUUUCCAUUCACCUGUUUUAUGUACAUUUCAGUUUGUGUAUAAAAAAAACUGGAGUUCACACAAACGAAAAUUGUUUUUUUUUUUUACACUUGAGGUUUGCGUAUUGAUAAAGGCAAAAAGUGUGUAAGUGUUAAAAUAAGUCAAAAUUACCAUGAAACAACAGCACCUUGUUUCCCUGAAGACACGCCAAGCCUUUGCUCUUCUAGUGUUCAUGUGCACUUUGUCCCACGGUCCUGAAGGCAGCGCGUCGUGUCUUCUUCUUUGGUUCAAAUGCAGUUCUACCAUCUGCCUUCACUCCUCUGUUGCCUUGUUGUUUUGUGCUCUUUUGUUUCAAAAUGGCGAGCAUCUGAAGACUCAGAUCAGGUCCUGGAAAAACAUUCACAUUCAUAUUUCCCAUUGUCAUCUCUUCCUCAACAUACACUAGAUAUUUACUGGGUCUGAGAUGCCUUCACUGGCACUCGGCCGUCAGGACAACAGAGUUAGGAUGCAUUUACUGGGCUGCACAGGCUAAAUCUGAUCUGAGAUCUUCUGACUGAACAAAGAGUUUUUAUUCAGGUGGGAAAGAAAAAAAACAACAUUUACUGUAAAUGCAUUCAGCAAAAAAAAAUUAGUCCUAAUGUUCUCAUUUAAUCAGCCAAAUGACUGGAAGUACUACUACAAAAACAUUGUAUCAAUUAUGUCUGUUUUUGUUUCUACUCUGACGUGGUUGCCAUUUCAUUCUGAAAAUAAACUCUUCAACAAUUGUCUGUAAGAGGAAAAGUAUCAAACGUCAACAGGGUGUUUGUUGUAGCAGUUUUCUUUUUAUCCCCUCUGGUUCUCUUCUAUUUCAAGAUUUAGUGCCUUGUUUGGACGGUAGACUGUUCCGUAAUCGCUAUGUAGGAAAUCUACAUAUGCCUUUUGUUACUUUUUCAUCUGUUGGAUAAAAACCUUUUGUUAUUUUUAAGGUGUGUUUUUAUUGAUAUUCUAUUUACAAGGGAAUAAAAACUGAUCAGAGUC